AUGGUUUCAAAACUGAAGCACAACAAUGUCGUCCAAUUAGUGGGUUACUGCGUUGAGGGAGAUCUCCGUGUGUUGGCUUAUGAGUAUGCCACAAUGGGUUCUCUUCAUGAUAUGCCACAAUUUGUUGAGUACCAUUUUUGAAUUAUUAUCUGAUCAAGUUCGAUGAGGACCUGUCUAAGCCACGAAUUUUGUGUCCACAGGGCGGAAAGGAGUUCAAGGUUCACAACCCACUCCAGUGCUCAACUGGAUGCAACGAAUGAGAAUUGCCGUUGAUGUUGGAAGAGGACUAGAGUAUCUGCAUGAGAAGGCCCAGCCUUCCGUAAUCCACAGGGAUAUCAGAUCCAGCAAUGUACUCCUAUCUGAGGACUUCAAAGUCAAGAUCGCAGACUUGAAUCUCUCGAAUCAGGCUCCAGAUAUGGGUCCACGUCUCUAUCAUGCACGUGUCUUGGGUAGCUACGGGUACCACGGGCCAGAGUACGCAGACAGUUCAUUCAAUAUCUUUUCCUGAGUUCUGUAGCUUUACACUAUUGAAAUAGAUUGUUCAUUCAGUUUCUGAUUUAUUUAUUUUUUUAAUUUCAAAUCUACAUUAUAACCGGUUUGCUACCAGGCCCAGAUCUACCCUGGCCUGUAGGAAGCCUGAGCCUGGACUGAGCCAGAUCAGGCUUCUUCAAUGUGGAAUAACAUUUUGAGAAACUUUUGGUGCAAAAUCUACCUCCAGGUAUGCUAUGACCGGUCAGUUGACCAUGAAGAGUGACAUCUACAGCUUUGGAGUUAUCCUCUUGGAGUUGCUUACGGGCAGGAAACCAGUGGAUCAUACGAUGCCCAGAGGGCAACAGAGUCUAGUCACUUGGGUGAACCGUUGUUGAGACCCCGCUCCUUCUAUCCCUUCUACCUCUUUGGCUUACGCCCGCUGAUGGUGUUACCUCUGCAGGCAACGCCGAUGCUUAGUGAGGAUAAAGUGGAGCAGUGUGUGGACCCUAAGCUGAACGGGGAAUACUCCCCAAAGGGAGCCGCUCAGGUAACCAAACCCUUCUAUUGACAUACUUAAUUUUUUUCUUAUUAUAAGUUAACUAACACCUCACGGUCCAUAAUCUUGGUGAUGAGUUCUUGGAUUACUGCCGCAUGAAGAUAAUUAUUUCGCUUUAUCUUUGAGCUUGGUCUUUCUCUUCCUUCAGGUGGCAGCACUUGCAGCCCUCUGCGUGCAACCUGAGCCCGACUUCAGGCCGAACAUGUUUUUCUUGGCGAUAGGUCUCCGAUAUCUUGUUGCACAUUAA